UCGAUCCCCAUUCUACCCAAAUCCGCGGAAACAUACGCACAGAAUGGAAGGAGAGACGCCGCCGCCGCCGGAGCUGGACGGAACGGAGGGUGAGGCGCAGCCGCCGCCGGCGUGUGUCUCCAAGGUGCUCGACGACGAGAACCUCCUGACGGAGAUCAUCGUCCGCGUCGGCUGCCCCACCAGCCUCGUCCGCGCCGCCGGAGUCUGCAGGCUCUGGCUCAGCCACGCCUCCGACCGCGCCUUCCUCCGCCGUUUCCGCGAGCUCCACCCGCCCAGGCUCCUCGGCUUCUACCUCGAGCAAAGGGAGUAUCCGGACGCCGCCGCACGAUUCUUCCCGAUGCUGCCUCAGCCUCCGGGGCUCGAUGCCGUCGUCCGCCGCGCAAGCUUCAGCCUGGACGCCUACGAGGGCGCACAGACCGACAUGGCGGGCUGCUGGAACGGCAGCGUCCUCACCAGUUUGCACGUGUAUAACUUCAACCACCGCCGAUCCGAAAUUACAUUUGUGGUGCACAUCCCAGCAUUACACCACAAAUCCGGGGAAGGCAAUUUCUGCACUUUUAUUCAGCUCUUUUCCAAAGAAGAAGGCGCCGGCGUGUCCUACUUUUAUGUCAGGGUGGAGUGCGACAGGCUUCAAACAUAUUCUACGGUGCAAGUAUAUGUGUUGCAAAAUGGUGAUCAUGUCUGGCGCACCCAUCUUACCUUGGCCUCAGCAGACGUCCUCCUAUAUCCACGAUCCAGCCCCAAAGGCGUGCUCGUUGGCAACAAAAUCUAUGUGCCGUGCGACCCAGAUGAAAUUGUUGUCCUGGACUUGACAACCUCGAUCUUAUUGACAAUUCAGCUUCCACAAGGGGUGGGUUUUGGCUUAGCAGGCAACACCAUGCUGUCACGGGCUGAUGAUUCUUCUGGUGUAUAUCUCAUCCAUGUCAAAGAGUUUCAACUUCACAUAUGGCUCCUCAAUGGCGACAGCUGGUUGUUGGUGGACACCAUUUGUUUGCGUGAAAUGUGUGCUAAUUUUCUUGAGGAUGAGCCUACUGCUGAUAUCCGGAUAAACCAUGUGGGGGACUACAAUGAGUUUGUAUUCUUGGAGAUGUGUCGAUGUGUACUCUACUUGGAUAUCAAGUGCAGGACGCUGCGUAAAGUGUAUGAGAUGACAUCGGAGGAGCAACAUUUGGGUGAUAUCUAUCCUUUUAUGAUGAGCUGGCCUCCCAUUUUCCCCGCGCUUGUGGAUAGCCCUGCAAGUGAAGGAGACUAGGAAGCUUUUGGAUGGCUUGCUUGUGUCAAGAGCGCUAUAAGCGAAGAGCACGGGGCUGCAUUUCCCCAAUAGCAGUUCUAACCGUGUUCAUCUUAUAAGCAGUGGUGGAUUAAUUUGGAUGCUAUGUAACUGUAUCAGGCACUCUUGUCCUGUGACAUCAGUAGUGUUACUCUGUUAGCGACCAAUUGAUUUCUCUGUUUCGUCUUGUUGCCCUGUGUGGUUCCGGUGCUUGCCCGCUUCUGCUUGCUGCUUGUGGCAUCUGGGGGUUGGUUCCACAGCUUGCUACUUGUGGCAUCUGGGGUUGGUUCCAUAGCUUACUACUUGUGGCAUUUGGAGAAGCGUCUUACUGUAUCAAUAUUGCAGAAUCGGUUUCAGUUAUGGAUGUGUAGCUAUCUGAUGUAACAUUAAAAGAAAGCUUCGUUGAAGCCACAAUCUACUCUUCUUCUACUUCCCCCUUUCCUAAAUAUGAGUCUUUUCAGAGAUUUCAAUAAGAAUAUUUUCACUGAGAACUCCCUUCGACCGCUCAAAUUUUAGAGGCGGUCGACGCCACUCCUAUCUAAUGAGCAGCUAAGAGCAACUCUAGCCUAUCCCCUAUAAAAAUAGAGAAGAUGGCCGAGUAAAGUUUAGUGAAGCCCUUCGAUCGCUCAAAUUUGAGAGGCGGUCGAUGCGACUCCUAACUUUUUGAGCAGCUAAGAGCAACUCUAGCCUAUCCCCUAAGAAUAAGGAGUAAACAACCGAGUAAAGCUUAGUGGAGUAAAAAUACUCCACUAAGUUUUGAUUGGACCUAGCCGAUCAAUAAAGUCACCGCCGAGGUUGGUCCCUGGGCGGUGAAG